UGGAGUGGGCGGAGCCUCGCGGACAGGGUGGAAGGAGGAGUGGCGCCCGAGAGGCGGCGCGACCGCCUGUCAGUUGUGUUCUCGUCCUCGUCAAAAGUCGGGUGUUUGUUGCUGAGACUGAAAAUCAGACGGACCUGCGGCGACGCACGAGCGAGUCGGUCCAUCCGCCGCGCCACGCCGAGAGCCCGGUCCCUCGUGCACUCUGACACCAAAGGACGUGUUCCGGGCACGGAGCGGUUCGGUUUCAGGUAGUCCUGGUAACCUGGUGGACAACAUUGGAUCGGAAGAUUUCCUCCGCUGCAACAGCUGCUGGUUUCCAGGAGGCUUUACGCACGUCUGGAUACCUUGAGCGCUUCCAGGGAACCAGGAGCCAGGAGCAGGGCUGGAGACGGUGAGGACUUGUUGCGCGCCUCCAGGGGAGCGCACGGGUCGGUUCUCCUUCCUGAACCUGAACCUGCCUGUGAUGCUCUGGGCUGUAGAUGCGCCGCGGAGCGCGCUAACACAACCAGCCUAAAGUCAGAGUGGACUUCUCCUCUGGAACUAUGAAAUCCUGCUUAUAAAUAGUCAAAUUGAGUUGAGCAGUGUGCGUCAGGCUGACAGAGCCGCUCCUCUUUUAAAUGGCAUCCCCGAACAAGGGCACCAAACUUUCUCCGAUCCCGUAAAAUUGCUUCACUUUCUCCCCCGAGCCCGCUUGUUCUGAACUGAGCCUUACCCCCCAGUCACCCAGCCCUCUGACCGCCGACAUGUCGGAGCGUGAUGGAUGUGGAGACGGGCUGUACGGCGACGGGGCGCCGGACUUCAUCCCGCCGAGAGUGUCCCGCGGGCGGCGGAGCGGUGUCAUCCUCCCCGGAGGAGGAGGAGGAGGCGGCGGCGGCCAGGACUCGGACACCAUCCUGCUGGAGUCCGUGAAGGCAGCACCGCGCCGCAGCAGCAUCAUUAAGGACCCGUCGGUGCAGAAGGUGGGCGGAGUCAGGAAGAAGACGGUGUCCUUCAGCAGCAUGCCCUCUGAGAAAAAGGUGAGCAGUGCAGCAGACUGCUUGGCUUUCAUGCAAGGUGGGUGUGAGCUGAAGAAGAUCCGACCCAAUUCCAGGGUCUACUGUCGCUUCUACACCUUGGAUACAGACCUGAGCUGCCUGCGCUGGGAGCCGUCCAAAAAGGACUCGGAGCGGGCCAGACUGGACGUGUCCAGCAUCAGGGAGGUCCGGACUGGGAAAAGCACAGAGACGUUUCUUCAUAACGGUCCUCUGUCUGAACACCUGGCAGAGGAAGCCGCAUUCUCCAUCAUUCAUGGGGAUGAGUACCAGUCUCUAGAUUUGGUGGCAUUGUCAGCUGACGUGGCCAACAUCUGGGUGACGGGCUUGAGGUACCUUCUCGCACACCCUUCAAUCAUCGGCGGGGCUGGAGGAGGGUGUGGGGUAGUGGCAGGAGGGCCGGGCGAAGGAGGUGGCUGGGUGGUAGAAGGCACUCUGGGAAGCAAGAUGAGGAGCGAGUGGCUGGCAGCAGAGUUCGCGCUGGUUGACGAGGAUGGCUACGGGAUCGUAUCAGAGGAUGUGGCUGUCACCACAGUUUGCAAGCUGUGCCCUGGCAUCAAGGAGGCCAAGGUCCGCCUGCGAUUUAAGGAGAUCCAGCGGAGCAAGGAGAAGCUCACCUCCCACGUGACGCGGGAGGAGUUCCAGGAGGCCUUCUGUGAGCUCUGCACCCGACCCGACGUUUACUUCCUGCUGGUUCAGCUGUCCCAGGACCGCGAGUGCCUGGACCCUCAGGACCUCCGCCUCUUCCUGGAGACGGAGCAGGGCUUGUCCCUUGCUACGACCGAGGGCUGCUGGGAGCUGCUGAAGCGCUACGAGCCGUCGGCUCAGGGCCGGGAGCGCGGCCUGCUGGGCCUGGACGGGUUCGCCCGCUACCUGCAGUCGCCCGAGUGUCAGCUUCUGGACCCCGAACACCUGGGCGUGUGCCAGGACAUGAACCUGCCCCUGUCCCACUAUUACAUCAGUACUUCGUACCGCUCUUACCUGCUGGACGACCAGGUCCACGGCAGAGCUGACCUCGGCGGCCUCAUCAAGGCCCUGCAGUCUGGCUGCCGGUGCCUGGAGCUGGGCGUGACCGAUGGCCCCGAGGGCGAGCCUCUGCUCGGGGUCGACUAUGGGCCCGAUGUCUCUCGCCACCAUCACCACCACCACCACCACGCGCCUGUUACCAUCCGCUCUGCACUGGAGGUGGUCAAUAAAUACGGCUUCCUGACUUCCCAGUACCCUUUGCUGCUGUACCUGUGUCACCGGUGCUCCCCGGGUCAGCAGCGCACCAUGGCCCACCACCUGAAGAAGGUGUUCGGGUCCCGGCUUUACACCCCUGAUGCCCAUCAUGUGAGUCUGGGGGGGCGGGCCACCACUCUGCCUUCCCCCGAGCAGCUGAAAGGGAGGAUCCUCCUAGUGGGGAAGAAGCUCCCUCCAGAGGAGGAGGGCUCUGACGGGGAGGUGUCUGAGGAGGACGAGGAGAUCGGAGGGGGGGGGCCCCUGGCAGGAAGAAGGAUGACCAUUCCUGGGGAGGAGGAACUGGGCGUGGUCUUGGUGGUCCCGCCUCCUUCCCAGCCCAGGAAGCUCAGCCUCCACAGGGAGCUGUCGGACCUGGUGGCUAUUGCUCGGAUCAGCAGCCGCAGCUUCUACACCCAGAGGGGAAGCUACAAGCAGACCCAGCAACAAUCCCCCCCCAGCAGCCCCUCGUCCCCUGGCUCGCCCGUCUCCCAAGAGCUGCCUUACUGGACGAUGUGCUCCCUGGGCGAGGGAGAGGCCGGGCGGCUAACCAGUGAGAGCCCGGAGGACCUGGUGGUGUUCACCAAGCGCACCCUGACCAGGGUACGACCCAGCUCAGUGCGCCUGGACUCCAGCAACCCCAACCCGCAGGGAUACUGGAAGGGAGGGGUCCAGCUCGUGGCCUUGAACCAGCAGACUCCGGGCGCCAUGCUGGACCUUCACCGGGGCCGCUUCACUCAGAACGGGGGGAGCGGCUACGUCCUCCGACCCGCCGUGAUGAGGGACGAGGUGUCGUACUUCAGCGCCCACACACACGGCUGCGUUCCAGGAGUCCCGCCGCAGACUCUCCGCAUUAAGGUGAUCAGUGCCCACAACCUGCCCAAGCCUCAGGGGUCAGGGGCCAAAGGUGAGGUCAUUGACCCGUACGUUGUGCUGGAGCUGCACGGCGUCCCGGCUGACUGUGCAGAGCAGCGGACACGCACCGCCGCUCAGAACCAGGACGAACCCAUGUUUGAUGAGACCUUUGAGUUUCAGGUCAACAUGCCUGAGUUGGCCUUGCUGCGCUUUGUGGUGCUGGACGACGACUACAUCGGAGACGAUUUCAUCGGCCAAUACAGCGUGGCCUUCGAGUGCCUUCAGCCGGGCUACCGUAACGUGCCCCUGCUGGGCCUGGCAGGAGACCCCUUACCACACACCAGCCUUUUUGUUCAUGUGGCCAUCACCAACCGGCGAGGCGGAGGGAAGGCCCAGCGGCGGGGCCUGUCUGUGCGCAGGGUGGGCCGGCGAGGGAGGGAGUACGUCUCUCUGCGGCACACCAGCAUCAAAGCUCUGGACGAGGUUUUCAAACAAGCCGGCGGACCCCUCAAGGAGGCCACGGACCUACGGGAGGACGCUCAGUGCUCCACCGCCGGUUUCAAGGACCAGUGUGGGCUCCCCACUGUGGCCAAACUGAAGCAGUGCAUCCAGAGCCUGGCUACGAGGCUCCAGAGCCCCGAGGGGGCCAUGGGGGCCACCAUGGUGCUCAGGGAGGGCUACCCCUGUCUGGAGCCUCAGGUCAGCCUGUCUGAGGCGACCCGGAAGCUUCUCUCUGCCUACGACACGAUGAUCUCCGCCCAGAAACAGCUGAUUGAGAACGCAGACGGUGUUCAGGAGAGGAUCGACCAGGUGCACAGGGAAGGAAUGGACCUCCAUGAGGAUCUGUCCCGGCUCUGUGAGAAGGAGGGGCUGAAGGGACGGAAGCUGAACAAGGCAGUGGAGAGUUUCACCUGGAACAUCACCGUGCUCAAGGGUCAGAGCGACCUGCUGCGUGGAGCUAAGAUGGACUCCCUGGACGCCCUGCGGCAGCUGGCUCUGGCCUGCGAAGCCUGCGGACUCACCUCCUCCUCCUCCAGCUCCUCCAACAGCUUCUCCACCGCCGAGCUGCACUACUCCUCCCACCCGGCGUCGGGGCGACGGAGCAGCACGCACGGCAACGGACGCGUCUGACACCUGCAUUUAAACACGCCGAUGAAAAGAAACUCGUGAAGGACCCGGGGUGGGGUGGGGUUUAUGCUUUCUGGCGGAGUAUCCCUUUAAGCCGUGUGGUAGACUGAGGCCUUACUGUGGUGGUGACGGGCCGGCCAGCAGGGGGCACUGACAGAGGUGGAGCGGUGAUCAGGUCAGUGUGUUGGAGAUGAAUGUAGAGCGGCCUCAGCUGUCCAGAUCUACCUGUGUGUCCUCACUGUGUUGUCGAUGUGAGAACAGACUGAAGACUUUCACUGCUCAACUCAUUCACUCACAGGUUUCUGCUUUUGUUGGUAGCUGUUCCUGCAGUUGAUGCUUAACACUGAGAACAAAACCCAGUUAUCAACAUCAACAUUAACCGUUAGCUACAUAACUAACCCUCUCUGUCCUGUUAGGAUUUCACUGAAAUGAAGGUGAAGCGUUCAGGUUUACAGUGCCUUGCAAAAGUAUUCAUGUUCCUGUUUUGCCACAUUCCAGCCAAUCGGAUGAGCUCUAUUGGGAUUACACCGGACAGAACAACACAGAGUAUUUCAUAAUUAUGACGUGGAAGCGCAAACAUUCAAAGUUUCAGAUCUAAAGUGUGUGUUGGUGUUCAGUUCAAUGUUGAACCUUCUGCUACAUCAUAAAGUAUUCAGCAGUGCGUCUCUACCAGCUUUAGGCAUCUAGACUAAAAUUAUUCUCUAUCUUUGCAAAAUGCAUGAAGGUCAGUCAGAUCGGACGUCCCACUAAAAGAAAACAUCCAAUCCACAAGACCAUGUUAUCAUGUAGGUGGUGUGUUUAGAGUCAUUUACAGUGUGGGGUAUUAGAGUACUGAUCGAAAAUGCAUACAUUUGCAAGGUACUAUUUAUAUUUAUUUAUUCUCAUAAGCAUUAUGGAACAUAUCAGGAGUCACUAACAAGGUUUGGAGAAUAACUUCGAUUUACCAACAGGCUCUGAAGGCAUCAUCUGGGCUGUUGGUGGAUCAGUCCACCUCUUCAUGAAAUCGUUUCGUGGUUAGCCAGAACUGCAGAACAACAUGUCUGCUGCAGUGUGUGUGUGGAUGGUGUGUUACCUCCGGCCGUGUUUCUGGACCCAUAAGCCGACGUGAAUCAUGCGUGCAUCUUUUUAAUGCGGUAACUUUUCUACUCUUACAUUGUUGUGCUUUAACCAAACUCGACUCAGAACCAAACUGAACCUCACUCUUAACACGUCUCUGUGGACCAAAUGAUCGUCACACGCCAAAAACAGAGAGUCGCAAAGAAAACAGCAAGAGGAAGACGUAUCCAAAGUGUGUACAGGGAGUAAAUGAUGUGUUGUUCCACAAUCUCAGUUCAGUAACGGUACAAACCUGGCCUGCCAGCGUAUGAAGGUGGUGCAGAUGGGCGCUUUUUGUAGCGCAGAAUUUGUUUUCAUUAGGCUUUUUUCUGCCUUUAUAAACAUACAAACAUCCAGUGGCGAUCUUUUAUAAAAGUUACAUACUUCAUAUAUAAAGCUGCGGUAUGUAACUUUUAGAAAGGAAUGUUGUUUUUUUUACUUAUUUCUUGAAGCUAUCACAAUGGUCUGAGAUAGACAAUGUGUGAAAAAGAUCAUUCUCUGCCUUCUCCCAGUACUAACAACAGAAAAACAUCACGGAGCCAGAAACAGCCAAUCAGAGCCAGGAGGAGGGUCUCAGUGCUGCCAAUCACCCUAGUGCUCAUCCCCUCCCCCUUGCUUUUUGCUAAGCUACAGCAGGUUCAUCACAACAGAGCCUGCCACCAAUACUAAGGCUACUUAGCAUGGCCUCCAGUGAUGGCGGAUGAACAGUUUUUCUGUGACAGUAUGUUGUUUUUCCACCAUUACCAAACUGAGCAGCGUACAGGAGGAUGAUUGACAGCACUAAUCUCCUCCUCCUGGCUCUGAUUGGUUGUUUUUGACCAGAAGCAGUGCAUUUUUGCAGACCACAAUAGUAGCUCUGGGAGGAGAUGGAGGAGCUCCAUUUUUAUCACAGAUUAUCUGUCUCAUAACAUAAAGUCAUGACAUGGUGACAGUUUUAAUGAAUAUGAAAAAAAAAAACAUUUUGUAAAAGUUAAAUGAAUAGCUUUAGGGGAAAUGUAAUCAUGUAAAAAGAUUACAUGAUUAAAUUACUAUUGUUCAAGUUCAAAUGGUGGAACUAAAAAGAUGUUGUGUGGAAGAUGUUGGGUUCGUAUUAAACCGUCAUGAAGUCGGUGGCAUUUCAAAGCAGACGAUUGUUUUUAACCCCUGGGCUGAAACAAACACCCAGGACGACCGCCGCUCUCUCCAUGGCCUCGCUGCCUGAGGCUGAGGCAGCAGAGACUGAGCUGAUGUGCUGACUCACAGCCACCACAUGACUCUGACCCGUUAACGUGUGUGCGUGUGUCUGUGUGUGUUUAGGAAGCUUUUUAACCCUCCCGCGGCCGUAAGAGGCGGGAUCCAUUUAACACCGCAAGCUCUUUUUACCCUGUGCGCGGUCCAGCGGGGCGGCACUGACCGCGCUUGCGCUUUAACACAUGGCCUCCUGUAAUUCGUGCCAAGACGGCGAGGAGGGUUAAAGCGGAAAGCACACAACGGAGGCAGAGCAAAGGUGACAGCAGGAAGAAGGCGAUGGAACUCACUGUGGAUUAACUUCUGCUGGGUUGUGUUGGUCUGCAGGUGGACCUGCAGGGCUUCAUAAUUGGUUGCGAGCGGUAGACACAGUGACAGCACCUGCUGGUUCUGGUCUAUUAAUACCAUCCUGACUCACUGGAGGCCUGGGGUCGUGCGCUCGUGCAGCUGCGCUCGCGUCCGCCGUGAUUUCCGGCUGGCAGCCGCUGCCGGGUUUAUUUGCUCUCCGACCCAGCGAAGCAGACAAGUGUUUGGGAGACCUCUACUGAACCCGGAGCGGCGAGGCGAGACGCAACGCCUUUCCGGGAGGACGGGAGGCUUCUGGAGCUCACAGAGCUGUUCGUCUGCAGUGUUAACCUUCCGUGUUGUGCUGGGGGCGCCGGCUGGUGGAGACCGAGAAAACGAUGGCGGUUCACCUCCGCCUCAGGGGCGGCGAGGGAAGACGGGUGGCUGCUGGGGGGGACAGUAAUUAGAAAAUUCCCAGUUAAAGUAGAGCUUAUUUUCAGUCAUUUUUCAGUUUAGAGAGAGGAGAAGCAAAAUGAAGUGUGACAAGUGAGGAAGAGAGAGAGCUCAGUGUUUCAGUAGUGACAGGUACUGAGCAGCAGAGCCACUGAAAUGAAUGGAAUCCAAAAACACUGAGAUCAAUGAUUUCUCAUCUGUUUUUCAUUAAGUUUCAACCUACUGAUACUAAUUUUACCUGAUGUAAGAGAAUAGUCAUUCUUAUCUUUUUACCUUAAACAGAUUCUACAGUUGGAUUUUGCUAUUAGCAUUACAAACAGAUAAUAGUCUGUUUUCUCUUGAGAACAUGGACCAUUCCAAACCAAGCAACUUUGUCUUAAAUCGUUCAGACAAGUGAAACAAGUGAAAUAAACCUUUUAAAUUAGUUUUAUCAGUCUGAGGUUCCAGCAGUCCCAGCUUGCUUUUGCUCAGUUUACCAGCAUUUUAUGUUCUGAUCCAGCUCUGGUUCCGCGGCACAUCAGAACUUGUGUCGAAAAGAAAUAACAUAAAGCAAAAAUAUUAGAAUAACCAAAUGAUUUCUAUAUGUAUUUGCCGUAUUACAAAUUUUGUGGGUUUUGGAGCCACUGAAGGAUAUAUGUUGGUCAGCAAACGGCAGCUGUUCAGUGGAAGGAUGUCAUGUUGUCACCGACGCACUGAAGCGCCUCAGUGACCGGUAGCUGUGCAGCUAACAAGGUGUGCCUAAUGUGAACCUAAUGUGAACUAUCUCCCAUCUCCAGCAUCGAAUUAACCGCUUUUGGUGAAAAUCGGUAAAUUUCUGCAACUCUUAUCCUUAGCGGCCAGAAUUGCUACACUUCACCAGGAGUGAACACUUGGAUCUGCCAUGGUACAACACAAUAUCCGUUGCUAGCGAAGCUACCAACAGACAUUUUCCGGGGUGUGAUGUCACCUGGUGUUUCCCUUUUCAUCGUGCCAAGACUUGAGUUGCCACAGUGGCAGAGAGCUCCUUUUCCAAACGACCAGUCGAUGUCCUGCUCUGUUGUAUCAGUUCAGGAUGACCAGCCAUCGCUCAGAGUGAAUACAACCUAGAAUCAACUAAUUCUGGUUGCCAACAAAGUACUUAGUGAAUCUGUAGUUUUAUGGUUUUCCAACGUCGGUUAACUUAAUUUUUCGCGUGGCUGCUGUAUGAAAGGCAGACCGUAGAUAUCUUUAGCUACUUUGACCAUAAAUUCACUCAGAGUCCUUCCUUUCUCACACAGACAGUGGACUGCCAAUCACAUCAUUGGGUUUAAAUUCCUAAAAUUCUUGGUAUAAAAAUGUGCAGCCCAUGAUAAUCAGAGUGUAAUUCAUCACAGCUGCAGAGUUUAGUUGUUUUCAUGCUAGCACCCAAAAUUUAAAAGAAAAGGCAUCGUCUCUCCUGCUCUCUAGGACUUUCACACAGACGAACAAACAGUCCCACACGUUUUGCUCAGUCACAUGUUCUCUUUGCAGUAUUUUUGAUGAAAAAAAACAAACCCUGGUCUGCAGCUGAGUGCAGUGCUUUUCUGCCUCAGUGAGUGAAUAUAUUUCUGUGUUUCACCUGUAACUGACUGACGCACCCCGAUCCCCGAGGCGCCUCGCUGCUGAUCCGUAUGAAAGCGGCAAAUUGACGUGAAACUGUGAGAUCAGUCAGGAUUUUUUUCAGCCUGGUGAGCUUCCUAUCGGUGAGACUGUUGUGUUUGCAUUAAUGCUGUGCAGCAGCAAGGAAAUACAUUAAAAGAAAUACAUUUACAAAAUUAAGGAAUAGAAACCUUCAAUAAAUUAAUAAAUGAAUGAUGCAUAAACAAUAAGCAUCGCAAUCUUUGUUUUUAAUGAAGUUUAUUGCAGAAUUAAGGAUCAGAUUAGAUCAUUCUUAGCAUUUCAAAUCUUUCUCUAUCAACUCCAAAAUUGUUGACUUCUGCAUUUCUGUAUGAAACUAGAGGAAUUUCUAACUCUUUAAUUUCAUGAAGCCAAAUACUGAGUCACUGUAAAUGAUGAUUCUGCAAUAACACAAAACUAUGAAGCUGCAUGACUUCAGCAUAGAGAUCCUGUAAUAUUCCAUAACCUAACCUGUAGAAAUUGAAUACAAAAGUAACCCAAGAAUGGAACCCAGAGGAACCACACAUCUGAGUUUUUGUUCAACUCCAAAAUUUUAAUUAUGAAACCAAUGUUUAUGAUCAGGCACGUGAACAGCAGUGCCGAGGUUCAGUAAUACAUUAAUAUGCAGUUAAGAACCUGUAGAUUUGUCAUUUAGUCUAGUCUCGGUGCUGUUGUUAAAAAUUUCUUGUCACAAAAAUGCAUUUAUUAAUUACAACAAAGCUGUACUUGGUCUCUACCAAAAAUGUUUGAUUAUAUAUAAACUUGUCUCUUUUUAUUGGUUUCUUGAAGUGAGGUUUGAUCACUGCAUGUCAACUAAGUUACCUCACAAAAAUUAGACUAAUAUUGAUCAUGUUGAUGGCUAUUGACCUUGUUGUUAUUGUGCUGGGAAAUGCAAAUCUGUUCAACUUUAAACUCUCACAACACACACACACACACAGAUGGGAAGCACAUCAGGCUGAGUAAACCAGAGGACAUGUCUGUGGUGGGAGGAUGAGAUCGGGGUGCCGCAGCCUUUCUGUUAGCCGCGUGUCUUAUGGACUCACUCUGAUUGUGAUCUUCAGUUGCUGUACGACGACACGUCUGUGCAGACUCGUGCUCUAAUAGACUCACUGGAACGUGGUGUGUAGCUGCCAUCGUGCUGUGGACUAACGUGUGUGAACAUUUGGAAAUCUGUAACGGUUUUUAGUCUGUGUGUCGCCGUGGCCUCUGCAGGUGUUUGUGUCGACCCGUGUCUACUCUGCUGACCUUUAACCCAUUGUUGUUCCCUCCGCUGUUCUCACAGUUUGUUUUUUGUAUAAUUAAAGAACAAAAGAAGAAGCAAAGCUAUUUAUUGAAGUGUGUUUAAAUGACAAAUAAAUAUAAUGAAUUAACUAGAUCUUGUUUUUAUUUUAAAGCUACUG